AUGUAUAAGAUACGAAUGAGGGCCAGAGGGCCCCACAUUUUUUACUUGCCCCGGGCCCCGCAAAACCUAGCGCCGCCACUGCAUGAACAUCUUAUGGUUCCAUACCGUGAUAAUGGGCACUUAACUCAAAAGCAAAAGAAUUUCAACUUUUGUCAUUCCUUUGCAAGGAUGGCAAUUGAACGGUCUUUUGGUUUCCUAAAAGGACGGUUUCGUAGUCUCCUAACAACAUUGGAUAUGAAGCGUGUCGAUCUAAUUCCCAAGUAUAUUAUUGCAUGCUGUAUUUUACAUAAUAUAUGCUUAUUACAAAAUUAUGAGUUUCCUGGUCUACCUGAAACAACACCGGUAAACGAAAAUAUACAAGCUCUUGGAGAGUUGGUUGCAAUUAAUCGUCAAGGAGCAUUCAAGAAGGACAAUUUGUGUGAUCAACUACCUUUUCGCCAUAUAUAG